AGCUUUUGUUUCAGAGCUGAAGAGAGCGUGGGGGGAGAUUUGGGGGAGGGGAGCAAAUAUGCCUCGAGUUACAGACCUAAUCUGCAGUCCAAUUAAUGCAUCUGUAGCGAAGGCACUUGGUGUGUCAUGCAUACAUUAGUGCUUGAGAAGAGCAGGAGUCUAGAGGGAGACCGAGGAGGUUCUACUUUGAGUGUCAUCACAGAUUUCCAGAAGAACUUGCAGUCUGGCUCACUCUCUUCUCCUAUCGUCCGCUUUUGGCAGGAGCUAAGGCAGACGAGCCUCCAACACUGCCACCUCUCUCUCUCUCUCUCUCUCUCGGAUGCACGCACACGCGCACCUUCUAUCCCUCACCCCUUUUCUUUUUGUAUCCCUCUCUUUCUCGCCUGAUACUUUCCAUAUUUUAAGUUCUAAGUGCUUUUUUCUUUACUUUUCUUUACUUUUGUAACUCUUUUUGUUAAAGAAAUGGAUUGAUGGUAGAUCGCUUCCAGAACUUCAACUUUCACCGUUUAGUUUUUUUCCCUCAACUUUUUUUUGGGGGGGUUGUUUUGGAUUUUUUUUUGUUUCUCAUGGCAAGACAUGCUGGUUGUGGUCUAACUCGAACGUGAUGCUUCAGGAGUUAAGCACGAGUGUCUUCCUCCCACCUUGCUUGCAGCACCGACCUUUAGCUCAAGUUCCUGACAAUGAUGAGCAGUUUGUUCCAGACUUUCAGAGCGAAAACUUGGCGUUCCACGGGCUGCAGUUGAGGAUAAAGAAAGAGCCCCACAGUCCGUGCACUGAUCUGGGCUCAGCCUGCAGUCAGGAGAGGCCCUUCAGACUCCACUAUGGGGAGAAGUGCCUGUAUAACAUCAGUGCCUACGAGCAGAAGCAUCCCUCGGGAAUGAAGGCCUCCAGCCCAGUGUCUACCCCCUGCAGCACGCCCGUGUCCCCUGGCCAGCAUGGGUCUCCCACAGCCGCCCCCACCCCGAAACCAGACAGGACGUACCCUCACCUCGCACCCCCACAGCCCCUCCCUGACAGUGCUUAUCCCAUGGACCACAGUGUUUUGUUCAGAUUUCGGCGGCAGUUGUCAGAGCCAUGUCAUUCCUUCCCCUCUCCUUCAAUGUCGCGGGAUGGACGGCCCAUGUAUCACAGACAGAUGUCGGAACCCAGCAUCCCCUUCCCUCCUCAGGGGUUCAAGCAGGAGUACGGCGACCCCCUCUUCGAACAUCCGGCCAUGGUGGGUGUGCCGCUUCCCCAGACGUACACGCACUCCAUGAUGAUCAAACAAGAGCCUCGCGACUUCACCUAUGACUCAGAAGUGCCUAGCUGUCACUCUGUAUAUCUUAGACAAGAAGGAUAUCUGGCCCACAAUAACAGAACAGAGGGAUGUAUGUUCGACAAAGUUGCAAGGCACUUCUAUGAUGACACCUGUGUGGUACCAGAGAAGGUUGAAGGUGAUAUAAAGCAGGAGGCGGGGCUGUACCGUGAAGGCCCAACCUAUCAGAGACGAGGUUCGCUGCAGCUCUGGCAGUUUUUGGUUGCCCUAUUGGAUGACCCCUCAAAUUCAAACUUCAUUGCGUGGACUGGCCGGGGCAUGGAGUUUAAACUCAUUGAGCCUGAGGAGGUGGCACGGCGUUGGGGAAUACAAAAGAAUCGACCUGCUAUGAACUACGACAAGCUUAGCCGAUCACUGCGCUAUUACUAUGAAAAAGGCAUCAUGCAAAAGGUGGCAGGUGAAAGAUACGUGUAUAAGUUUGUCUGCGACCCCGAGGCUUUGUUCUCCAUGGCCUUCCCCGACAAUCAGCGUCCGGUGCUGAAGACCGACCUGGAGCGGCAGAUCAACGAGGAAGACACCGUGCCGUUGUCACACUUCGAUGAAAACAUGGCGUACAUCCAAGAGGGUGGCUACUGUAACCCGCACCCAUACAACGAGGGCUACGUCUACUGAAAACUGCUACCGGCCGUUCGAAAUCAAAACCAACUUUCAGACUUGUCCCUCGUUUCCUUCAGUCAUUCCCCAGGACAAAAGAGAGCACUUUAUGGACAGAGGAUGAUAGCAGUGUGUAAACCUACAAACGUACUGAUGUAGUUAUUUUAGAUGCUCCUUUGGUGAUGUUUGUCGCUACUGAAGGGGAUGGGGUGUCUCAGCAUGCCGUUUUCUCUCUGCAAAAGACUCUUGAGGGCAACUGGCCUCUCUUCGGACAGAUGUUUUGAACUAUUUAGACAAAUUAGAGUCUGGAGCACGAGAGUGGAAAAAUCCCAACCUCUUUUACCAUUGAAUCUCUUGGAUUGUUCGUGGAACGCUUUGUCAUUUUCGCACAUUUUCUCAACAUUUGCAUUUCUCUACCUUGGUGUUAAACUGAGUAAAUAAUACAGUGUAUUACAAUGGAAAUAAAAUCCUUAAAACUCUCCAUCUCAAAGUGAGCACAUAUCUGAACUUAUCUGAGUAAAUGGCCCACAUUAUUUCUUGCCCAUUCAAGACCCAUAAAGUGAUAAAAUACUUGCACAGUUAUAACAAACGACUGAUUCGUGUUGUUUGUGAAAGAAUAUUAUAUACUAAUAUUCAAGUUAUACCCUUAUAUAUAUAUUCUCCUAUGAAUAUGUCUUAGAAGAGGGAAGAUGCAGGCAAUUUUCUCAAUGAACAACAGAUUUUUAAUAAAGAUAAAAAAAUAAACUGACAUGACAGCAUGAUUUUGUAAUACAGUACAUGGUGUUUCAAAUACUACUCUGAUUUUUUUCUUAAGAUCUAUUUAAAUAAAAAUCUGUAUACUUAAGUUACAAUACAGUUUGACUGACACCAUACUGUAUUUUACUGAAUAUGACAUUUUAACCAAAUGCACCUUUAUAGAAAUCAAACCGUUCUUUUCAGAAAAGUCUUCAGACAGCUUCACGUGUUUCUAUGACAUCAUUCUAUGAAAGUUACAUUUCUACUAUUAGAGUGACAAAUUGCAUUUUUAUUAGGAAAAAAGUGGAUGUUGGUCCAUUAAUCGCUCCCCCAUGCCAUCAUUGAAAAUAUGAAACGUGUAUAUUCAGGUUAAUGCACCUCAAUGCUGCUUUAUGUGUAAAUUUAAAGUAUGAUCAGACGGCAGCUAUGCCCUGCAGUACGUUAAUUUGUUGUUGUUUUUUACAUGAAAAAAAAAAAAACGUCAGUGUUUAUUGAAUGUAAAAAAUAUAUACAUAAUUGCAAAGGGAAUGGCAAUAGCUACACUUCUGUAAUAAAAUAGUGUUGAAAUACAA